CGUCCACGGAGUAGAAAGCUGCGGAGUUGUGCUCGAGUGCUUAGCAUACGCAAUUGACCUUGGAAGAAAAGAGAUUUGAUUACUAUAGUCCGGAGUCUAGACUCCCACCGGUAACCAGAAGGAAGGAUUUCGGUUCAUGCCAUCACGGUGAUGCUUAAUCACUAACAGUAGAUAACGUAGUCGUUUUCAACUUGUUUGGAAAUAAACGGGGAUCGCAUUUCUAUGUGACUGGAUAUUACAAUAUUUAAAGAAGGAAGAAAAUAAUAUAUGGAAAGCAGCAAUCGACGGAAAACUUUGGACAGGAUUUUAGGUUUGGUCUGCGUUUGGGAUAUUUAUAUUAUUUUUGAUCACCAUGGAUUACAGUAUUAUUUAUAAAAACGCUGUCAACCAUCCGUUUAUCCCGUCUAUAUUUGGAUGUUUAUAUUAAAUGUUUGGCAUUCUGCGCGCUAGAAGCUACAACGACGAGCCAAAUAAAUUUAAUAUCCUGAAAAGAGAAAUAGACUCCGCGCAUUGAGAUUAAAUUACACUAAAACUGUCAAGUGAUUUUGCAAUUGUCAUUACGACAUUCUGUCAAAUCUGCUUUUUAAGUUUAAAUGUACACACAUCUUUUUCUUGUUAAGGGCGAUACCACGGAUUUUUUGCAAUAAAUUACUUUUUAAGGAUUGCAUGGGACCUUCGGGUCGAAGUGCGAACGACCACUGCUGUCACUGGAAUGAAACGGGAGGAGAGCGACACGAACAACACCAGCAUCAAUUCUUCGCCCUCGGUGUCAGAGCAAGAAUUUGAGGUGGAGGGCACUGUGCUGGAUGGCGAAAUGGAGUACAUGGUGCUGCAGGACAGGAGAGAACUAGAAGAGGAGGUUUGGAAGCCAGAAAUAAACCAGAAUCACUGUCAAGAUGCGGUGAAGGAUUACCUACAAAUGCACUACAGUCCAGACUUUGAGUAUUGGAUGAAGACCACAGCUGAAGGAAUGGGUACAAUUGGACUUGGAGCCAGCUGUUCUGAGGGCUACGGCACUGAGGAACUCCUAACAGAACCAGAGACUACACAUACUUGUUUGCCUGGUGAGAGCGAUGCAGACGCAGAUGUUGAGGAUGCAGAGAGCCGGUUACAAGAGACUCAGCCCCUGCAGCGAGUAAGUUCCAAGCGAAGACGAAGGCCGCGGAUUGUCAAGCAAGAUACAACGGAGAGUGAAGACGAUGGAGGGCGAAACCAAAGGACACACCGCUGGAACCUUAGGCUGAGUCCUCAUCAUGGGCCCAACAAACCAAUAAUAGAGGAAAGUAUCUCCCAGAUGCGUCCACUGGUUCUGGGUAAAUCGACAGCCAUUUCUGAAAGAGACUCUCCCAGCCCUAAACGAUGCAAAGCAGCAGCAAGCCACUCUCUGUUCCACACCUUUACUUGGUCCCUUGCCAUCUCCUUUUUUAUUCUGCCUGUGACUGUCGUCUUUUUGAUAUAUGUCUUGCCAUUGGCUAGUGGGUAAGACCAAUACAAAUUGGCCUCAAUUGUGCUUCAGAAAGACUGCUGCUUAAUGUGCCUGAUAAAAGAAAUCCUAAUACCACAAUCCUGAUUCUUUUAAUUUUCAGUAAUAAAGUGUGUCUGUUGAGUUAA